AUGAAUUUCUCCUUUUGGAAUGUUAGGGGCUUAAAUAAGUCCCCUAAACAGCACUUGGCAAAAUGCCAUAUUAUGCAAUAUCAUCUUUCUUUCUUCUCUCUUCUUGAAACAAAAAUAAGUGACACAAAGGUUUCUGUGGCUGCUAAUAAGAUUGCAAAGAAUUGGAGUUGGUUUUCAAAUGCAAAUAGCUCUACUAAAGCUAGAAUCCUCACUUUGUGGGAUCCUGAUAUCCUAGACAUUCAAGUGCUGUAUUACUCCCCUCAGCAAGUUACAUGCUCUGUUAAUUCAAAGGAUGGUAACUUCAAUAGCAUCUUAUCUACAGUAUAUGGCUUCAAUCAUCAAGAAGCCAGAAAAAGUUUGUGGUUGGAAUUAACUCAGAUCAAACAGGCAAUUGGAAAUCAAGCAUGGCUACUUUGUGGAGACUUCAAUGUCAUGAUCAGUAAUGAAGAAAAACUGGGAGGUACCUUGUUAACUGAUAAUGAUACAAAUGAUUUCUGCAGGUUCAUUGAAGAUUGUCAGUUAUCUCACCUCAAAACUAUUGACUGUUUCUAUACAUGGAACAACAAGCAAGAUUCUGAUUCUAGAGUGUGGUGUAGGCUGGAUAGGGCUUUAGUAAAUGAUCUCUGGAUUAGCAAGUACAAUGCAAGUCAUGUUGAGUACAUGCUUCCAAGUUUUUCAGAUCAUUCUCCAGCUCUUGUUUAUGUUUAUGAAGACAAAGUUCAGGGGAAAAAACCUUUUAAAUUCUUCAAAAUGUGGAUAAAACAUGAUGAAUUUCUUCCUACAGUAAAAGCAAUUUGGGAGACUCCUGUGAGAGGUUGCAAAAUGUUCUCCGUGCAUUCAAAGUUGAAGAAACUUAAAGAGUCUCUUAAAGGACUAAACAAAAGGCAUUUUAGCAAUAUAAGUGAACAGGUCCUAAGAGCUAAAACUGAAGUUGAUGAAGUACAAAUGAAAUUGCAAUCUGAUCCCCUUAACUCUGUACUCAUCAGAAAAGAAAAGUGUUCAAAAGGCUAG